UGCGUGUGUGCGCAUGUAAUGUGGCGCGUGUGAAACCUGGGGAAUAUGAAGUGAACAGCGGAUUUUACACACCUACUGAAGACAGAGAGCUUUGAACAACAACUUUUCUGGAAGUUGUAAAAGUCCAACUUUGUUCCGCUUUCUGUCGCUAACAUGGAUCUGCUUCCAGCCCAGGAGGCCGCCAAAAUCUACCACACCAACUACGUGAGAAAUUCACGAGCCAUCGGAGUCAUGUGGGCCGUGUUCACCAUCUGCUUUUCGAUCAUCACUAUGGUGGUCUUCAUUCAGCCCUACUGGAUCGGGGACAGCGUCAACACCCCGCAGGCCGGUUACUUCGGCCUCUUCCACUACUGCAUCGGCAACGCGUUGACCUCGGAGCUCACCUGCAAAGGCAGCGUCCUAGACUUCAACUCUAUCCCAUCCCCAGCCUUCAGAACCGCCAUGUUCUUCGUUGCGAUCUCCAUGCUGCUGGUGGUGGGCACCAUGGUCGGCUUCGGUUUGUUUUUCUUCUGCAACGCAGGAAACGUUUAUAAGAUCUGUGCGUGGAUGCAGCUGGCCUCAGCUGCUUUGAUGGUGAUGGGCUGUAUGAUCUACCCGGAUGGCUGGGAUGCUCCAGAGGUGAAGAGGAUGUGUGGCCAGAGAACAGAUAAAUACAGUCUGGGAAACUGCACAGUGCGCUGGGCCUACAUCCUGGCCAUCAUCAGCAUUCUGGACGCCCUCCUCCUCUCACUGCUAUCCUUUACCCUCGGCAACCGGCAAGACAAGCUGCUGCCAGAUGACUUUGAGUUGGAUGGAGCAGAAAAUCCAUGAUGAAAAAAUGAACCUUUGGGAUUCCCAUUUCACAAAGCUGUACUAAAAUUUCUUGAUAAUCAUUUCAAAGUAUUUA